UCAUGCUGCUGCCAGGUCCAGAGUCUCUCAUGGGUCCCUGUACGGCCUCCCAUUGCUGCUGUCUCCAUCGCCACACACUCUGCCAUGUGCCACUUUCAGGUCUCCUCACACACUGCUGGUGUGUAGAAUUUUUUGACAUAGGGUGCUGGCAGAUUACGGGCCUCCCAUAGCUGCUGCCAGGCCCCUAAUCUGCCAUAGGCCCCUAUAUACCGCCUCCUCAUGCUGCUGCCAGGUCCAGAGUCUCUCAUGGGUCCCUGUACGGCCUCCCAUUGCUGCUGUCUCCAUCGCCACACUCUGCCAUGUGCCACUUUCAGGUCUCCUCACACACUGCUGGUGUGUUGAAUUUUUUUGAC